AACAGAAUAGUGCUUAGAGAAUAUAUUUUUGGUAUAAAAAAAAGCGAGUAAAAUCCGAAGGAAAAUAGUUUGGUUGAUCUGUGAGUGGCGAUUCAAAUCGGAUUCGUUCAGCUUCUACAAAAUCAAUCAAUCAUGUUGGGUGUUGUAAGAAACAAGACUAUUCGCCCUUCCUUCUCCGCAUUCAGAUUUCUAUCUUCUUCAGCUAAACAGAUGACAGUGAGAGAUGCUCUUAAUUCUGCACUUGAUGAAGAAAUGUCAGCUGAUUCUAAAGUUUUUUUGAUGGGUGAAGAGGUUGGAGAAUAUCAAGGUGCUUAUAAGAUUACCAAGGGAUUGUUAGAGAAGUAUGGUCCUGAAAGGGUUCUCGACACUCCCAUCACCGAGGCUGGGUUUACUGGGAUCGGAGUUGGUGCUGCUUACUAUGGUCUAAAGCCUGUUGUGGAGUUUAUGACAUUUAACUUCUCCAUGCAGGCAAUAGAUCACAUCAUUAAUUCUGCUGCAAAAUCAAAUUACAUGUCUGCUGGGCAAAUAUCUGUACCUAUUGUCUUUAGAGGACCCAAUGGUGCUGCUGCUGGAGUCGGUGCUCAGCACUCUCAUUGUUAUGCAUCUUGGUAUGGCUCAUGCCCUGGGUUGAAAGUUUUGGCACCAUAUUCAGCUGAAGAUGCCCGUGGUUUACUUAAAGCUGCUAUUAGGGACCCUGAUCCUGUAGUUUUCCUUGAAAAUGAGUUGUUAUAUGGUGAAUCAUUCCCUGUUUCUGCCGAAGUUCUUGAUUCCAGUUUUUGCCUUCCCAUUGGAAAAGCAAAGAUUGAGAGAGAAGGAAAAGAUGUGACUAUUACAGCCUUCUCAAAAAUGGUUGGCUUUGCUCUAAAGGCUGCUGAGAUACUUGAAAAGGAAGGAAUCAGUGCCGAGGUUAUUAAUCUACGGUCAAUCAGGCCACUUGAUCGACCCACCAUCAAUGCUUCCGUAAGGAAAACCAACAGAUUGGUAACAGUUGAAGAAGGGUUUCCUCAGCACGGUGUUGGCGCUGAAAUCUGUACUUCUGUCAUCGAGGAAAGUUUUGGCUAUCUUGAUGCACCGGUUGAGAGAAUUGCUGGCGCCGAUGUUCCCAUGCCUUAUGCAGCUAAUCUCGAGAGAUUGGCUGUCCCACAUGUUGAAGAUAUCGUUCGUGCUGCAAAGAGAGCAUGCCACAGAUCUGUGCCUUUGGCCGCAGCUGCCUAAAUCAAUUUAGGUCCGAAAUUUUUUAUGUCGUGGUUUGUUCUUUGGUAACACUCAAUGUUACCAAAAAUAAUUUCCCCCCAAAUUUCCACCACAGCCUCACAAAGAAAGAGGUUUUACUCACUGAUUCUGUUAGGCUUUGGUUUAAAAAGUUGUGAUGUAAGCAUAAUAUUGUCCAAAUUUUCAGGAGCAAUAGAUUCUAUACAAUUUUUUUAUCCUUCUCAGCAUUUCUGAGAGGAAGUUUACGCUUAAUAACAAUGAAACACAAGAAGGGAAGUUGUAUGCAACCUAGUGAUCCACUUUUUGAUUUAACUUGCUUAGUGUUUUGAAUUUA